AGUUUAUAAUGUUUAUGUAUAGCUAAGUUUAAUUAAAACGAAAAGUUAUUUUAUUAUUUGAGGUUACAUUCAAAUAUGUAAUGUUUUUAAACAGACGUUUGUUUUCAUAAAUUUUAAUACAGUUAUUUGUGAAAAUGAAUACAAUACUUUUUCCAGUUGAUUUUAUUGAAAAUCAAAUACCACCACCAGAUUUAAAACGAAUAUGUCGUAUCUGUAUGGGAUGUUCCCCUGUAAUGUCAGAUAUUUUCAUGGAUAUCGAAGGGCAACCAUUAAACGAAUUUAUAAUGGAAUGUUUUCCAAUUAGGAUACAACGUGGUGAAAAACUUCCCGAGUUAAUAUGCAGCCCAUGCUUAGAGAAGCUAAUGAUUGUACGACAAUUUCGUAUUUUAUGUUUACAUAGUGAUCGAUGUUUACGAACUGAACUAGGCAAUAUCUUACAAACUCAAUCAAGUUAUAGCGUUGUCCCCGUGUCUAAUAUUCAAACCGCGAAUGAAACUUAUAUUGACUCUAGUGGCAAUCAGGUAAUUUUAGUUACAAGUCCUGAAAAUAAGGACCAACAAUUACUUGAAGAAGAAGAACAAACUUACUAUAUUCUCCAUGAAGAUGGCAAUACAUAUAGAGCCACAACUACGGAAGUGAAAGCGGAUGAUAAUAAUUUAAUAUUAAUCGAUGAUGAAGAAGAAGAAGUUCAGGAAGAAAUUGAAGAAGUUGAUGAUCCAAGUAUUAUUGAGGAAGAUCAUGACGGUGAAAGUGAAAUUGUUCUGUCAGAUGUAAUUGAUCCUAAUGAACAUGGAAAACGAAUUAAACAUAGUGAUCUAAAUUCGAAAAGAAGAAAACGAACUUGCACAACUGAAACAUCAAAUAAUAAUAGUCCAGAAUUUCAGUUUGUUGACAUUAAUGAAGGCGCACAAAUAACCAACGAUGAUAAUUUAAUUGAAAUAUUAGAAGAAGAAGAAAAUUCAACUGUUGAUAUGAAAAUGAAAAUGUGUUCAAAAUGUGCUUCACCAUAUGAAACUACAUUACUCGAUCAUAAUUUAGUUUGUUCGUCGAAUUAUCGUGAUUGUCAAUUUUGUGGUUUAUCGGAAUUAAACGUAUUACAGUUUGAUAAACAUAUUACUGAAAUGCACAUUAAAGAGUACCGUGUAUGUCCCAAAUGUCGACAUGUAUUUUUGGAGGAGAGACACUUUUUACAUCACAAAUGUAAACAGUUGAUUGAAAGUGAUUUUGAUGUAAAUAAUUAUACGUGUGCAUUUUGUUUAACUUCAUUUAAUAAUUUACAAGCAUUCACUCAUCAUUACUACAAAGAGCAUCACAAAAAAACCAACUGUAUUUGUAAUAAAUUUAUUUAAUUCAAAUUAUAGAUUAUAUAUUUUUUAUGUUGACAUUACGGUUGUUUAAGACUUUUUUUAUUAUGUGUUCAAAGCAAUUGUCAAGUCACACACAGUUACUUGCAGUGAUAUUUGUAUCGGCAAGGGUUUCGUGUAACAUACAUUAAAACGCGAGAAAAAUAUUAGAGUAAUAUAGUAGCGUGCUCUAGUUUUGGCCAUGUGUACGACUAGAAAAUGAAAUUACUUGAAAUUCUUUAAAAUUUCCUUUCAAAACCUAAAAAUGGAAUAAUCCUAAAAAACCUAAUAAGGAAAUCUAAAAUUGGAAACUGGCAUUUCUCAAAAUGCACACAUGUUUUUCUUUUUAUUUCUUCACUUAAUGUCGGGAGUUGUCGUCAAUAAGUGGUCGUUAUUGCAAAAUAAUAAAUAAAAAGUAUAAUGAACUUUCACAAAUUAACGCUCGAUACAAUUAAUAAUUUACUAAAAUUGGAAACUGGUAUAUUCCUAAAAUGCACACAUGUUUUUCUUUUUAUUUCUUCACUUAAUGCCGGGGGUUGUCGUCAAAUGUAAAACUAAAACCUUCAAGAAUUCUAGAUCAAGAAUUUUUUUUAAAGUUGUUUUUCAGAUUUGCAAGGAACUAUUUUAGUCAUGCAUUCUUUGACACAAAGUAAACAAAAAAAAUCGUAUAAACAUGUGUCCAAAAAUCAUUUAAUUGUCAGAUAUUGGAGAAAAAAAUAUUUAACGAUGCAGUAUUCAAAAAAUUUUUUUAACGUGGUCGAUGUAUUGUUGAGUGCUGCAUUCAGUUUUAGCCUGCCACUUGCUGUAAGACAAUAUUUCUAUGACUUAAAACCUUUUGGAACAGCCACCGCAUCAUGCAUAUGUACUACUAACCUCCCCUUAUGUUAAAAGCAUAACUGUUAGUCUGUAAAAUUGAAAAAUAUGAGGUGUCUCCUAUGCAUAUAAAAUAUUCGCGUGGUUUUUAACAAACAUGAAGAAGGAUUCGACAAUAGAGUGACACUGAUCAUGCGUGAAAAAAAGAGUCGCAGGCACGAGUCUAUUUAUAAUCGAAACUGUAAUAUUAAAUUUUUUUUAUUCUUAAAAUCAUCCGGGCUGUUGGUAAACGCUACUAUUUCUUUUAUAAUAUAUUUAUAAGUGUUCCAUAAGCAAAAAUGCAUGUAAUAAUUUAUUAUUCGUACCAAAAAUCCAUGAUCAAGAUCUAAAAAUCACAUAGGAAUUCUCGGGACACUCUUUAGAUUGAUUUAUGUGAUCUAUAAAAAAAUUCCAGACUAUGAUAUUACUGUUAGUAUCGCAUCGCCAACAGUACACACUGAAACAAGUAUCACCGUAUGUAACUGUGGUAGACCUUUUCAUUUCAAUUACGAUCUAUUAUUGUUUCGGACAGACAGUAAUAAUUUGGGCAAAGAUACAAGAUAUUUGUUAUUCAUUUUAUCACAUUAUUUUUUGACAUACU